CUGUGACUAGCCCUGAUGACUGACACGAAGCGUCACCCUGAAUGUGUUCUCUACAAACUUGAAGGCGCGCAUUUCUUGGCAUUUCUCCCGGCUCUUCAACCUCCCUCCUCCCCAAUCCUCGACCGCCUCCACCGGGUUCGCUUCUGGGCCCAAUCUUGGGGUGAGCGGAGCCUAUCAGGAUCAGUGAACCUCGCCCUCGUCACCAUGGACCCCGGAGGGCUAGACUUUGAUCAAGAGAACGCCCGCCCGCUCCCGGGAUCCCGCCCACCGUGUCAGAAACGCGUUCGUUUGGCGGAUAGCUCGACUUCCGUCGGCACCAGUCUCUCCUUACGCGAUCUCAGCAAUAGUCCGCUCACGCUAGGGACAUGGUGGAGGCGGAGCACCAACGAGGCCGACUCGAGUCAGGUCUGGACCGAGGCUGAGGGGCGUGACGGGGCCCAGCCCGGCCCUUCGCCCUUCGAUUUAUUGUCGGAUGAACUGAUUUUGGAUAUUUGUCAGUUUCUGCCCAAAUGCAGUUUGGCGCGUCUGAUGGGCGUGUCCAAACGAUUGUACCGCCUCUGUCAGGAUGAGAGUCUCUGGCGACGCAUCGAUUUGGGCCUCAAGGUCCUGCCCCCCGGCACCUUGGACAUCUUGGCCCAAAGGGGUGUGUGGGUGUUGCGGCUGACCAAGAGCACGCUCCUCUCGCCCGUUCUUCAACGACCUUUGAGUUGGCCCGCCAGUCCGGAGCUCAUGUACCUGGACUUGAGCAUGGCUAGUGUGGACGUGUCAGACCUAGAGAAGUUGCUAGCCCAAUGUCAACGCCUCCGAAAAGUGGCCUUAGAAAAUUUGACCUUGUCCGACCCAGCCCUGGCGUUCCUGAGUCGGAACCGUGAAUUGAGGGUCGUUCAUCUAGCAUUAACCCGUCAAAUCAGUCUGGUUGGGAUUGAACGCCUCUUGAGUGAAUGCGGCAAACUCGAGGAUGUCAAUUUGGCUUGGACCGGAUUAAACGUAGCCACAUUGGAUGUGGUAGCCCGAGUCAUGCCUCGCGGUGUAACGCGGUUAAACUUAUCCGGUUGUCGCGAGACCUUGAAUAAUAAACAUGUCCAGAGCCUAGUCCGGCGUUGUUCCCGGUUAGUGGAACUAGACUUGUCCGAUGCCUUGCAUCUCACCGGCGAUGUGAUCGAGAGCAUCGUGGCCCACUUGGGACAGCUCGAAUCGUUGAGUACAUCCCGAUGCUAUAGCGUGUUCCCAGCCGCCUACCUCGAGUUAACGCGGAUGCCUUCGUUAAGGUUCUUCAAUGUGUUUGGAAUCUUCAAGUCCACAGGCAUUGAAGAGCUCAAGGAACAACUCAGUCCCAUCGAGGUCAACAAGUUCUUAUUCUCAUCCAUCGCGAGACCUACGGUCGGCAUUAAACGCACUUCGCUGUGGGGCCUCAGGGUCCGAGACUGAAACCCCCGACCAAAGGAGGAACGUACAUUUCCUGUCCAACUGUCAUGAAAUAAGAGGAAAUGGAACGACCUUCCGGUCCUCCCAAGUGAUAUUGAAGAACCCGGGCUGAACAUAAAAGCGGACAUUACGCUUAAUAAUAUUAUUUAGACACCGCUCGCCUCAACUCAAAAUACCCUAUCAGUAGUGUCUCCAAUGUCACGUCAAUAAAUGUUAUUGAUUCGUAGCAAAAA